UCAUCAAUGUGAAUAAGGUUAUCUUUUCUUUAGCAGAACCCCCAAUCUUGAUUGAAUGUUAUUGUUAGAUAGCACAGAAUCAGAAUCGUCGCUCGUGCUUAUUAUUUUAUUUGAUUUCCAGCAGUUGCGCAUGCAUGAGAGACCGAAUUAAUUGAGAAUGUUUCUACCUAGCUUGAAACUACAUUUGCUCUUUUGCUUGAGUGGCGUAUUGCUAUUUUACAUGUCAGACAGUUCAGCAGUCGGAUUGAGCAACGUCCAUGAUCAGAUUUCAAUUGAUGAUGCCCGAAAAGAAGAAAAAGUUUGCGUUGGUACCAGCAGCCGGAUGUCGGUUCCUUCUAACCGGUCUGCUCACUAUCUAAAUUUACGCGAUAACUACACAAAUUGCACGUACAUUGAUGGCAAUCUGGAGCUGACUUGGCUCCAGGAGGAAUCCUUGGAUCUAACUUUUUUGCAACACAUUCGAGAAGUCACCGGUUACGUUCUCAUCUCUUACGUCGACGUCCGGCGAUUUGUCUUGCCCGCUUUACAAAUUAUACGCGGACGGACGCUCUUCAAAUAUAACACCCAUGGCGACGAAGGAUUCGCCCUAAUUGUCAUCCUCUCCAAAAUGCACACUUUGGAAAUGCCCGCUCUAAGAGACAUUUUGGCUGGAAGUUGCGGGAUGUUCAACAACUACAACUUGUGCCACGUGAAAACCAUCAACUGGGAGGAGAUCAUCACGGGUUCGGGAUCGAAAUUCGUUAACGUUUACAAUUUUACGGAUCCGGAGCGGGACUGCCCGCCAUGCCAUGAUUCGUGUGAGGGCGGUUGUUGGGGCGAAGGUGCCGAAAAUUGCCAGAAAUUUUCCAAAAUCAAUUGCAGCUCUGAGUGCAAUCAAGGCCGAUGUUUCGGACCGAAGUCAAGUGAAUGCUGCCAUUCGUUUUGCAUUGGUGGCUGCACCGGACCCAAACCAAGCGAUUGUUUGGCUUGUCGCAAUUUCUCAGACGAUGGCGUCUGCAAACAAAAAUGUCCUGCAACGCAGCGCUACAAUCCCAUCACCCACUCGUGGGAGACGAACCCAGAAGCAAAAUUUGCAUAUGGCUCUAGUUGCGUCAAAACAUGUCCCGAAAAUUUCCUCAGAGACGAUGAUACUUGCGUCCGCGUUAUUUGUCCACCCAAGAAGAUGGCCGUCGACGGAGAGUGUGUUAUCUGCGACGGACCGUGUCCAAAGACAUGCAAGGGCGUCGAGUUUGUUCAUGUUGGAAACAUUGAGAGCUUUAGAAACUGUACCGUCAUUGAAGGAUCCCUAACGAUCAUCGACCAUUCGUUUACCGGUUUCCAACAUAUUUAUCCAAAUUUCACGUUCGGCCCGCGUUAUCCGCUAAUGCAUCCAAAUCGGCUGGAAGUUUUUUCCACCCUUCAGGAAAUCACUGGAUUUUUCAAUAUUGAGGCUUCGCACGAAGAUUUCAAAAAUUUGUUUUAUUUCCGCAACUUGGAGAAGAUUGGCGGCAGUCAAUUGACUGAGUACUUUUCGUCAUUGUUUAUAUACAAGACGUCGUUACAAUCGUUGAACUUGCGCUCUCUAAAAACGAUCAAUUUCGGAAGUGCCACUUUCCUGGGAAACAAGCAACUCUGCUUCGCCGACAGCAUCAACUGGACCAAAAUCAUGAAGUCGCUUUUACACGAGGCUCUCUCCGUCGAUAACAAACCUUGGGAGAAGUGCAAAGCGUCUGGAUUCGUCUGUAGCACCCAAUGUUCCCUUGAUGGCUGCUGGGGUCUUGGACCCGGCGAAUGUCUUUCAUGCGCCCAUUUUCAACUGGACGAAACGUGCAUUAAAAGUUGCGACCCUAACUUAGGAAUUUACAGGUCAACCCCUAAACUUUGCAAAUAUUGCCAUCACGAAUGCGAUUCUUGCACGGGUCCAGGGCCUGGAAAUUGCACAGCUUGCAAAAAUGCCAAAGAUGGACCAUACUGUGUCCCAUCUUGCCCGAUGGGAAAGUUCAACGAUAGCGGAAAAUGUUCUCCGUGUCACGAGAAUUGUGUCGACGGUUGCACAGGACCAGAGAACAAUAUCGGACCAAGCGGUUGCAGCUCUUGCGAUAAAGCCAUUAUUAAAAGCGACGGCGAAGUGGAACGUUGCUUGGAAAAGGCGGAAACGUGCCCGGAUGGAUACUACAACGAUUGGGUUAAGUUGCAGGAGCAAGGUCCACUGAAAGCGCUGAUAGGCGCUGCUAUCUGUCGCAAAUGUCACUCGCGAUGCGAAAAGUGCAAUGGUUAUGGCUUUCACGAAACGGUGUGCCACGAAUGCUCAAAGUACAAGCACGGCGAAGUUUGUGAAGACGAAUGCCCACAAGAUUAUUAUGCCGACGAGGAGAGCCGCACAUGCUUAAGAUGCGCCAAUGAAUGUCAGGGUUGCACGGGACCAAGUGCUAACCAGUGUCUGAGUUGUCGAAAUGUCAGCACUACGCUACAGUUCAACUGCAUCGCUAGUCAAUCGAAUCGGCUCAGCUUUCAGCGCUUGAUUUUACUCCCUUUUCUGAUAAUUUUGUGGUUUUUUAAAUAAAAAAGAACGAUCUGGCAUAAACUUAAAGAACGAA